AUGGCAAACAAACCCAUCUGGCAAGCCCAGUGGCCCCUACCGAAAAAAAAAUUAGUUGCCCUUCAUCACCUAGUUAAGGAACAACUACAACAGGGACACCUUGAACCUUCUACCAGUCCCUGGAAUACUCCUGUCUUUGUAAUUGAGAAGAAAUCAGGAAAAUGGAGAUUGCUGCAAGAUCUCCGAAAAAUCAAUGAAGUAAUGGAAAGCAUGGGGGCAUUGCAGCCUGGUAUGCCCUCACCCAGCAUGAUUCCAGCAGGGUGGGAAAUCCUGAUCAUUGAUUUGAAGGACCGUUUUUUCACAGUCCCCUUACAUCCUGAUGACAAACCAAAGUUUGCCUUUACUGUACCUGUGGUUAACAACGCUGAACCUGCAAAGAGAUAUCAAUGGAAGGUCCUACCUCAGGGCAUGAAGAACAGCCCGACUAUCUGUCAAUGGUACGUUGCUCAAGCUUUGUCCGGAAUCCGUGAGCAGUCUCCUGAAGCAUACUGCUACCAUUACAUGGAUGAUAUCCUGGUGGCAGCAUCCACCCAGGACGAGCUGCUGAGGAUACAGCCUUGGCUGCUUGCUGCUCUGCAUUCUUAUGGAUUGCAAGUGGCUCCAGAGAAAGUUCAACAGCAUCCUCCUUGAAAAUACUUAGGAGUCAAAACUUUGGACCAAACUAUACAACACCAAGAGGUGCAAUUCUCGAGUUCUAUUAAGACCUUGAAUGAUGCUCAGAAAUUGCUGGGUAACAUCAAUUGGUUACGUCCCUAUCUAGGGCUAACCACAGCACAACUUGCGCUGCUCUUUAAUAUUUUAAGGGGGGCCCCUGAGUUGAAUUCACCUCAGAAACUGACUCCUGAAGCGUGGCGAGUGCUAGAGGAGGUUCAACAGGCUAUUUCUGCCCGUCAGGUUUAGUGAGUAGAUCCUCCAUUGAUAUUACCGUUUUUAUUACCACUCCAGAUUCUCAUCCAACAG